UGCAGGACAAUAGUUGGACUACAAUAUGGAAACUCAAGGUCCCGAACAAGGUCAAAAUUUUGUUAUGGACAAUGAGCCAUGAUAAAUAGUUGGGAAAUGCUGAGCGCAAAAGGAGAGGCCUCACAGUCGAUGGAAACUGCCUUGUGUGUAGCGGCCAAGAAAAGACAAUUGAGCACAUCUUCAAAACCUGCACCAAGGCUACACAUGUCUGGAACAACAUUGGAGGUAAUGUGGAUACUAACACUGGUGGUGGCAUGAAGGAUUGGAUCCACACAAAUCUUUUGCAAAAGAGAAACAACGAUAUCGAUGGUGACCGGGGCGUCAUUUUUGCUACUACUUACUGGUGGAUCUGGUGGUGGAGAAAUGCUAUGACGUUUGGUAUGGAGGAGCUUGACGAUAGACGAAAGCCAUGUUGGAUCAAAGAGACACUUAAAGAAACCAACACAGCCUUUGUAAGGCAACAAAUGGUGAGCAAUUCUACCAAUUAUACUGAUCACCCGCUUAAGUGGAGGAUGGCUCAGAAUUGUGAAUGGACCCUUAACGUUGACGGGAGUUGCAAAUCACUUAUCAACAAAGCAGGCAUCAGCGGAAUCCUCCGAAACAGAAGAGGUGGGUGGAAAGGGGGCUUUACGGCUAAUGUUAGUCCAAAUUGUGCGACGUCAGUGGAAGUCAUGGUAAUUGCUAGAGGCAUUGAGUGGGCUUGGGAAAAGGGCAUUAAGGAACUUGAGGUUCAGACAGACGCGAGUGAAGUUAUAAAGUGGAUGGCCGACUACACUUCUCUUAGAGGCCCUAAUCGUGAUAUCAUUCAUGAGAUUAAGCAUAACUGGCAAAGAAAGUUUACAAGGAUUGAGUUCAAAAACAUCUUUCGAGAGCAAAACUUUGCGGCUGACUGCCUUACUAAAAUUGGAACCUUCCAGGAGGCAAAUUGGAUUGACCACGAGGACCCUCCGCCUGGGAUGGAUGACAUCAUUGCUAAUGACAUGAUGGGUGCUACCAGAGUUUGUAGAGUGCACCUGAGUUAGUUUGGGGUCUCCCCUUCUUUUUUGAUUAAAAAAAUAUAUGUGUCCGUGUAUUGUAUGUUUUUAUGAUGGGGUUUUAGGUCCACUCAAUUUGAUUGGGACGCCUACGAUAUUUUGUUCGCAAACUCCCCCACUCAGUCUCAAUAAACACCCCACCCAAGCUCAACCUGAGCUCAUCCUCACACUCCCGUCAAUUGAACAUCAAAAAUUUAGUUUUGACCUCAAACUCAACUAAACUUGCGGAUCAUGAAGAUGGGUUAAUAUAGAGAUUGGGUGGAGGUUUGAUGAGGCGAGUUAGAAAUUAUCAAUUUUAAAAUUUUGGGUGUACAACGACAAUUUGAGCCGAAUCAAGUUAGGGUCUGUUU